AUGGUAAAACCUGAAUUAACAGAAGAAUUUCUUCACAUUAUUGGAGCACAUGAAGCAGCUCUUGAUCAGGUACAAGACUAUAUAUACAAGUUGGAUAGACACAUUGUUGCCAAGUCGGCUUUAAAAGGGAAGCAGAGAGUUGAACGAGCUGUUGAUGUUAAAUUAUCCAAACCAUUUGAUUGUGUUCUUACUUUCUACAUCUUAUCAGACCUUGACAAAGUCAUUAUCGGGAAGCCAGCCUUAAAAGUGUGGAAAUAUCAGACGACCGAUAAAGGAGAUCAUUUAACCAUAGAUGGACGGACAUUCACAAUAGAAGCGAUGGAAGUGGAAGAGACGAGAAUACAUGCAUUACGAACUGAAUUAGAACAAGAUCUACUACUGAAAUUUCCUAAGGUGUUUUCUACUGAGCCACGACCACCACAAGAAAGGGCAUUUAAGCACCAGAUAAUUAUAACGGAUGAGACUCCCGUCUUAUCUCCGGCCUUCUAUGCUACUCCUGAAGAGAAGAAAGUCAUCUAUGGAUUCGUGGAUGAGAAACUUAAGGCAGGGAUUUUAGUUCCUGCAGUUGAAGGAUCCUGGGUUAGUCCAGUCUUUGCAAUCAAACAACAUGGGAAGUAUAGAGUUGUGACAGAUUUAAGACCUGCAACAUAUAGUUCACCAUCAAUUAAAGCAAAAUUUUAG